UCACCUGAAAAAUGGUUGGCCACUCCGAGUCUUCUACUGACGCUGUAAUUGAACCGACAAGCGAAGAGCUGCUCGCGGAGCAAGUUCGAGUUUUCAACAAAAUGAAAGGUUCCACAAAUUUCAAUCGAGUGGCUGAAGAUGUUUAUCCGGUGGAGGUCACGAAGAGCAAGCUGGUAUGUGAAAUGGUGGUGCAGCAUCAACACUUGAACUCAAAAGGAACACUUCACGGCGGUCAAACUGCUACCCUGACAGAUGUUAUCACCGCUCGGGCAGUUGGAGUCACAGUAAAAGAUAAAGGAAUGGCUUCUGUUGAACUGGCUGUUAGCUACCUUCUACCAGUCAAAGUUGGAGACGUUCUGGAAAUCACUGCACACGUAUUGAAAGUCGGACGAACAAUGGCAUUUACCGAUUGUGAAUUCCGGCGGAAAUCGGAUGGAAAAAUGUCGGCAAAGGGAAAACAUACUCUAGCAUUCCUUCCAAAUCAGCCUGGAAUUUCUGUGGAAAAUGGCACGCAGUUUUAAUUAUGUUUGUUCUUUCUUUUUGCAUAAUAAUUGUUUCUUUUGGGUUCGAUUUGUGAUAUAAAAAAUAUUUUAUUG